GGAACAUGAUGCAAUCGGAGUUAUGAACCAUGACAAAGCAACGGUUCAUACGGUUCGUUCGUUUUUAAAGAGAUCUUCGCAGCCGUUGCUUCGCAUUAGUCAACUCAAGAAUCAACGACAACUAUGAUUUUUUGACUUUUCGAUUUGCCUUUCGAGAUAGGCUCGCCUCUCACGAUAAGCUAUCAUGCGAAGUUUGAUACUCAUUCGAUUCGGUAGUAAAUGUCUUAACUGUAAUAUUCGCUGGUAUAUGUAGUUAACAGUGUCACGUUGAAUCGAAUCCUCUCUAAUCGAUAAGAUCGUUCUUGUUUGAGGAAUGUCUUAUUUAUCGUGUCGUUUUUAUUUCCUUUUUUCUUUGACACAAAAUGCGUAAGAUACCAACUGGCAAAUCUGUUCUUUUUGUCCCACGUGACUUGCACGCUUGGCGCGUAAACGAGAUCGAGAUUACGUUCUACUUCCAUAAACUGGAUUCCGUUAAGCCGAUCCGUUGUUUAAUCCGUUACUUUUGCAUAAAUGUUCAGAGGAUCAUCUGGACGACGGACACGCGUGAUAUCGACUAAUUAUUGAACGAUCGGCGACACGUAAUCCGUUCCAAAAAAAUCGAAAAAAAAAAGUAAUAAUCAAAAAGAAAAAGAAAAUAGUGCGAAGAAAAGAAUGAAAGAAAAAAAAAGGAAUAAUCACUUUUCAAAUAAAUCUACAAUUUAUUCUAUGCGUGACAAAUUAUUUCACACACGUUUGAUACGGUUUCACGUUCGAUCGAAGUCAUGGGCAAAGUUCAAGAACAGGUUUUGCAGAGCGGUAAUUGAAACUAGUGUACCUACAUUAUACUAUGCAUAUAUAUAUGUAUAUAUAUACAUAUAUAUCGGGUUAAUGUGAUCUCCCUGUCUCUAACGCAACCAUUCCACACGCGUGCCUCUACGAUUAUUACGUACAUUAGUUAUAUACCUGGCGAAUUUCGUUCGUUGUCGUAGUUAGCGAUAGUUACUUUUCAAUAUACACUCGAGGUUGUCUAUAGAAUUAAAGCUCAACACUGUUAAUGUUAUAUAUGUAUAAGUGGAGACCGAGUUACAAAGAUUGCGCAAGCGAGAAGACAUCUCAUGAGAAGAUAACUCAAUGUACCGGAUGAUCACGAGAGGACGAUGACAGGAUGUCGUGUCUUCAGGGCAAUAAUAUUUACUCUCGCUAUUUGGAAUUCGAUCCUAAAUGCAGAGAAAACCGACGAAGAAGUCUCGUUAGAAUAUGGCAAUCCAAAGUAUCUUCAAUCUCAAAAAUAUAUGUAUUCUUGGACAGGACCUAAUGCGUUAGCGAGAUCCGCUUUGUUGGAACGUCAAGAAAGAUUACAGUAUAAUUGCGAGGAGAUUAUUAGACGUAAUAAUGUUGAAAACGGAACGCUGAGUCCUGAAUCCUUUAGGAACAUCCUCGUGGACGAGCAACACGAGUUGCUUUAUUGUUAUGUACCAAAGGUUGCCUGUACAAACUGGAAACGCGUGUUAAUGAUCGCCACAGGAAAGUGGCCUGGAAAUGAUCCUUUAGAAAUACCGGCUGAUCAGGCCCACUCACCAGGAGUUUUUUUAAGACUAAGUAAUUACACUGCUCCAGAAAUUGAGAAAAAAUUAACCUCUUAUGACAAACUUAUAGUCGUUCGACAUCCAUUUGAAAGGCUACUAUCAGCUUAUAGGAAUAAACUGGAAGCGAAGCACGAAAAGAGCUCGAGAUACUUUCAAACUCGUUUUGGGAAGAAAAUUAUAAAGAAGUACAGAGUGAAUGCUACGCAAGAAUCAUUGCAAAAUGGGGACGAUGUUACGUUCAGAGAAUUUGUAGAAUUCAUUACCAAUGAUACCGAAAAUGGUACGAGGAACGAACAUUGGAGACCUAUAUAUGAAUUAUGUCAGCCAUGCGUAGUUAAUUAUAAUCUUGUUAGUAAGUAUGAAACCUUGGUGGAAGACGCUACGGAAGUAUUGGAAAGGAUGAAUGUCGUCUCCGUCAAUUUUCCAUCGAAACCACCGAGCAGCGAGCCAACCUCCAAGAAAUUGGAUAGAUAUUAUUCGACUCUAAGUUAUAAACAAUUGAGGAAGUUGGAAGAUUUGUACAAAUUAGAUAUGAAAUUGUUCGAUUAUUCACUGGAGGACGUUUUAGGAUUUUCUUUAGCUUAAAUUUAUAGUGAGAAUUACGUGUACAGAGGACUGAGAUUCAACGAAUUAAAAGAGAUUCAGAUUU